AUGAAUCGCUUCUUCACGCCCUUCUUCAAAACCCUCGUCGACCACGAAGUAACCGUCGAGCUCAAGAACGACAUCUCGAUCCGCGGUACGCUCAAGAGCGUGGACCAGUACCUCAACAUCAAGCUCGACGAUAUCAGCGUCGUGGAGGAGAUAAGGUAUCCGCAUUUGAGCUCGGUCAAGAAUGUCUUUAUCAGAGGCAGUGUGGUGAGGUAUGUCCACCUGCCUGGCGCGGCCGUGGAUACGGCUCUGUUGGAGGAUGCUACCAGGAGAGAAGCUGCUCAGGCAAGCGCCAAGGCGAAGCAGGGAUGA